AAAAAAAAAAAUUAUAUUUUAAAAUUAUUUAUGUUUCCAUAAUUUAAAGAAUAUUGGCCAAAAAAAAAACACGAUUUACAGUGAAACGGACGCAUGCGAAACGGCCCUGGAGUUUAGAAGAAGACGAAGGCCGAGAAAAUUUUCCCAAGAAAAAUGGGUUGGAUUGCCGAUUCAAUCGACUCAAUCAAGUCCAUUCAGAUCCGCCAGCUCCUCACUCAGACAGUCAGUCUUGGCUUGAUCGUUACUUCUGCGCUUAUAAUAUGGAAGGCAUUGAUGUGCAUGACCGGCAGUGAAUCACCUGUUGUAGUUGUUCUGUCUGGAAGCAUGGAACCGGGCUUCAAGAGGGGGGACAUUUUGUUCUUACACAUGAGUAAGGAACCUAUUCGUGCAGGGGAGAUUGUUGUUUUUAAUGUUGAUGGCCGUGAAAUUCCAAUUGUGCAUCGUGUCAUCAAGGUUCACGAGCGAAAAGAUACUGGAGAAGUUGAUGUCCUAACAAAAGGAGAUAAUAAUUAUGGGGAUGACAGGCUUUUGUAUGCUCAUGGCCAACUCUGGCUUCAGCGGCACCAUAUCAUGGGCAGAGCUGUAGGGUUCUUACCUUAUGUUGGCUGGGUAACUAUUAUUAUGACCGAAAAACCCAUUAUCAAGUACAUUCUCAUCGGCGCUUUAGGGUUGCUUGUUAUAACUUCAAAGGACUAAAUGAAGCAAUUUCUUGGCGUGGGUCAAGCCAAGUAAUUUUACCAGACCAUGGCCUGGCCUGGGGUAACUCGAGUUUUAGAUUAUUACUGUCUUUUGUUAACCACCCAGGUUGAUUUAGAGAUAUAAUAGCACAAAUGUUGGUAGAUGUUUCUAGUUCUGUUAGUUUCCCCCUAUUGCCUGUUGUUGGAUUCUUAUUUAAUCAGAUCAGAAGCCUCACAUAUUAUAACUUGGGUUAGUAAAUGGUUUAUCGUGUUACUUAUAACUUGGUCCUUAUCAAGAAAAAGAGGGGUUUUGCUUCA